CUUAAACCAGAAGGACACAUGUAUAUUUCAUCUACAGAUAGAACCGAUUCUAAACUUUUAAAAACUGCUACUGAAAAGGUGGUUAUAAAACGUCCAGUAGACAAUCUCAAACUAGAGGGCACUCUUCAGGUUUCCAGAAGAGAUGACUACAAUGAAAAACAAAGUUCAAGACUAGACAGCACUAAAGUAGUACAAAAGACUGUCCGAUCGAAGUAUUCUCAUAACAAAUCAUCUAUAACCCUUGGAGAGGACAAUGCCAUUUUGAAAACAACUAAUCAAAUGAACUUUGUUUCUGGCAAACAAGCAAUUCCUGCCGCAAAUGUAAGUUCGGAAAAACCCGUUGACGGUUUAGUAGUAGUAUCGACGAAAAAGGUAACUACAGUAAUAGGUGGUCGGGUAAAGAAAGAAGCUGAAACAGAAUAUGUUAAACGACAAGAGAGAGUCAAUGUCAUAGAAAAUGUUGCAAAGACCAACAAUGUUAAGAACAUUGUAAACGUUGAAAAUAAACACGACGAGGCAAUUUCUAUGACCGAAAAUCGUAUUAGAAGGGAAAAUAAAAUGAUUGAUACCCGCAUUAACGCUUCAUCUCAUGAGUCCUCUUCGGCACAAUUCAAAACUAGUAAAAUUGGCAACACUUCUGAAAGAGUAUUAUCCAGUACAACAAUGGGAGAAGUCACGGGUCAAACACACUCCACCCAAUGCAAGUUUGGAGAAAUGCAGAGCGCAACAGCAAAGCUAAACGCUGCUGGAUCGGCUAAAUUUAUGUCAGAUCAAACACAUUCCACUCAACAAAAGUCCACAGCCGUUGAAAGCUCCUCGUCAAAAACGAAAUCUAGUUCUUCAGCUGCUACAGUAUCCAAACAUUUUCAUCAUCGAAGAAGCGACUUCACUGCCGAUACGAACGUUACGAACUCAGUAUUUCAUCGAAAAUCUAUUUCUAACGAUUCCAAUCAGAUAGGUAGUCUUACAUCGAAUGGUAAAAUUCAUCGCAAGAGUAUUUUAAACUUGCACGAGGAGCCAUCGAGUUCGGUUUUCCCUAGUGAACGUCAAAGCUACAGCAGUAUACAUAGACAAAGUAGAGAACAACAAGAUAAUAAUAACUCAUUUUUGGUGAGUGAACGCCGCCACUUUAACACGCUUAGUCAAUCGCAAAGUAGGGAUCAGGCUUCGAAGUUCUGCAAUGUUCAUAAAACAUCGUCUUCCAGUGGUAUAGAAUUUCCAUCAUACAGUAAACAUUCCGAACGAACUGUAUCCCGUAGAAAUGUCAACCAAUCAUCGAUUUCUCUAGGUAUAGAUGGAGCUUCGUCUACAACCCUAUACCGUAGUGAAUACAAAACGGUUCCAUCUACAACUUGUGCUAUACACAAAAUCAAAGAAGGUGCAUUCCAACACACUAGAAACACGAACGAACAUAAAUUUUUUAAAACUGUUAAGAAUUAAUUCCCAACUAACCCACAUACAACUUUUAAUGGCAUGUGUCGACAUACAUAUUAAUCUUUUCUCUCUAAUAUUAUAUUAUAUGUAAAUAUUAAGCAUGCAGAAUUGCCACAUACAAGUAUACAUAUGUAUGUUUUUAAUAAUAAAUUCUACAAUUAUAUAUAAAAAAUAACAUCCACUA